CAAUCUUUAAUUUUUGAAACGUCUCUGAAACUCACCCUAUACAAAUAAACACACACACACAUGCGCACACUAGAAGAAAUAGAUAACGAAUAUAUUCAGCUUCUACAAAAACUCAUUUCUCAACAUUCACAAGUUAUUUUGCAUAAAGUGUCACAUUUAUGACAUUGCACAAUUAGCAUUUAAUAUUAAAACUGGGCAUCUUUAUUCAGUCAAACAAUUUACUAUUUCACUCAUUCGAAUAUUAUCAACAGAAACUGAAGGUUCAAGAGAGAUGGAUAUUGUACAACAUACGCGCGAAUCGAAUCGAACAGAUCAACCAUCGAAUGAUGACCAUGAAAUGACAAGAUAUUUAGAAGCGACCGAUCCUCACGCACAGCCUAACUUAUCUCCACAAACAAUUUCUCAGUCACUGGACUUUACUGCACACAAUCCUCAUACCAUCAUCAGUGUACAUUCACCUCCGUCGCAAAUAACCGUCUCCGGUGACAAAUUCAAACAAAAUUUCCCACAAAUCCACUUGUUAUCCAAUUCAUUCAAUAGUAUUUCAAAUAAUAAAGAAAAUUUAGACUAUUUCAACCAACACAAUAAUGAUGAUGACGAUGAAAUUUUCAGUUUUCACGAUACUCAUGAAGAUAAUCGCUUCUCUCAGUCAUCUACAAAUUCUUCAUCACCGUCUUCACCUUCAGACUACAAUCACCUUCAACAUCAAGAAGAUAACAUUGAUAAUGAAGAUAGAGAUGAGAAUGGAAUUCGUCGCAAAAGGCGGAAACAAGUAUUGCCCCAACAAAAUUUUCACUUCACCCAAAAUAUAAAUCAUGAAUUGAUAAAUACAAAAACUUCAGGAAAAGAGGAAACUCAAGACACCACUGAUUGUGAAGUAGAAAUCGAUGACAGUUUUAAACCAAAAAUGAGGAAACUGUCAAAGUCUGUCCUGGAUAGUGGUAAAAGUAGAGAAGAUGAAGGGGAACACAAAGGAGACAAGUAUACUGAUGUGAAAAUAGACAAAACCAAAGACAUGGAAAUCAAUCUGGACAUAACUAUAAAUGAAAACAAACAAUCUGCUCCUGAAACUGAUCAAGAGAUCAAUAAAACUUCAUGUCCAAGCAUACUCAUGGCUUCUGAGUGUAGUAAACUGAUCAAUGAGUUAAGUCAUUGUGCUGUGGAAGCAUUUCGUCGUAGUUUUAGCAGAACAUCUGCAAAAGUACAAAUAAGCUCCAGUAAUCCGAGUAACAAUGAAAAUGAGACUUUAGAGGAGAGAAUGAUUGAGCAGACACUCCUGAAACUUGAACCACAUAUAUCAGAACUAGUUGGUCAGUCGUUAAGAACAAGCAUUGAAGCAUUGAAAAAUGAAAUGUUUGCAAGUCUGAGAUCAGUUAACAUGAGCUUGAGUGAAAAUGAACAUUCAACAACAGACUUGACAACGAAUAACAAUAAUAAAACUAAUGUGACCGAUAAUCAUAAUAGUCAUGAAAAGCUGAAAAAUUCAGACAAAAAACAAUUUAAAGAUACAUCAACUGCUGUUGAACAUUCAAUUGAUAAAUAUACCAGUGAUACAAGAGAAACAGCCUCUGUUAUCAAUCAAAAUCAAAUAAACCUCUUGACUAGUAUGCCUCCGAUCGAGAAAGAUAUUAAACAAAAGAUACAAAUUGAAAGUCCGCAUUUACCGCCGAUAAACAACAUAGAAACAGUUGUCAGCAGUCAACAAUCUUUCUCAUUACCAUUUUGUCAAGCGUCUACAAAAGGUAAUUACACUGUUUCAGUGGACAGCAACCUACCAAAUCUGUUAGCCAAUUCUUCAUGUACAACAUUCUCAUCAGAUGAUAAAGCAUCCACAUCAACUGACUUUAUGAGUAUUCCCAUUGAUAAUUUUUCAUUGAAUUCAGUAGAUCCGCUGGAGAAUAAUAAUUUAACUGACUACGCUAUUAACACUACCCCUACUACUCAUAAUGAUUACAUUAGCAGUAGUAGUAGUAGUUGUUGUAUGGCUGACUUCAAUGAGCAAAUUAAACAGUACUUGCAUGAAAUGCGACAGAGAUUUCCACAGUUCUCUUCAAUUUUAUCAGGUGAUACUGAGGCUGCUGGUGCAUUUUCUACGAGUGCAUCUAAUGGUUUACUAGAUAGUAAUGUCAGUGCCCCGUUGUUAUCAUCACAACUAGUUGAUCAUAUACCAUUACCUAAUCUAUUAAGUGAUAUCAGCUCAAAUGAAAAUGUCACUCCAGCCUUGUCCACCGGCACGGUUACUUCUGCAUCAGCUUCAGGUAAUCUAACACCAAGUACUGCAGCGGCUGCAGCAGCAGCUCUAGCCAAUGCUCUAGGAUUUCCUAUUCCAUUAACUUGGCCACCAAAAACGUUAACUGCUGAUAUACACCAAAAUUUUGGACUGACAACAAAUCUUUAUAGUCAAUGGCCAUGGAAAUUUCUUGCCUCUUCUCCUUACUCACUAAAAUACUGUGAUCAAAGUACACUUCUUCAACCCAACUCAUUAAUGCAUAACACAGUGAAUUUGCUGAGUCAAUUAAAUAAGGUGAACACAGUAUCAGCAUUCAACACUUGUUUAAAUUCGAAGUUUUCGCCGAAUAAUGAAAGUGAACAAAAUGACAAUAAAAUGGCAUUUAACAACACAAACUCUUCACUACCAUCGGUAACAUCGUUAGAUGAACAAUUGGAAGCAAUGCCGUUGGUGGUAAGAUAUGAAAACAAAAUAAAUUCGAUUAGUCCUACUACAUCUAAUAACAGUACUACUCAUAAUAACGGUUCUGAUAAACUUCUCCAUAGUAUAAAUGUAGGCAAUACAAACCCAAAUGCAAAUACUGUCACAACAACAAUGCGAAUUACACCAACAAUUCAUGACGCAAAUCUAUUCCCUGGAUCAAAUGUAAGUCGUCGAAGACGCACUAAAGUGACUGAUACACGUUUAACGCACUCCCGUGUUUCACGUUAUCCAAACAACACACUGUCGAACUGUAUAUCAGCAAAUUCUAGUGGUUCACAUCAUCACAGUCAACGUCAGCACCAUCAGUCAUUCCCACAGUCAACAACGGGAAUUAUUGAUGCGAACAAAGCGCUCAAUUUGAUCACACCUACUACUAUUGCCUCAUUUUGUUCCAGUGGAGAUGAAUUCCAGACAGAGGAAAAAGAAACAUUACUUACGAACCAAAACUUAGUAACUGGUUUAAACUUAUCAAGAUAUUGUAACUCCAUUAGUACUAACCUAAAUAAUAAUAAUAGUAAUAAUGAUAAUGUUAGAUCGGAUGAUUGUAAUUCAGUGAAAUAUAGAUCAGAUAAUCAAAUUCAUAGCAGUGGCAGUAACAACAGUAGUCCAUCACCGAUUUCCUUGCGCUUGUCUGGGAAUUCAAAAGAAUUAAGCGUCGCAGAUGCAAAUAGAAUAAAUCAUGAACCUGUAAGACUUGAAGGACAUUAUUCAGGGAGUUUACAGACUUCAGAAUUGGAAAAGAAUAUUUAUAAUACUAAUAACAGAGUCAAUGAGAAGAGUAGUUCUGUUAAUUCGCUUCAUCAGUAUGAGUCGUUUGAAAAGAUGCUAACAAAAACACUCAGAAACUAUCCAUUGUCACUAAAGUCAAACUUUAUCAAUAAAGCUGGUGUACAACCGGCUACUAUGGGUACAAUUUCCUCCCCCAUGUCAUCUGUUUUCCCUGAAUCUAGUUUUAACAAUGCUAAUAAAUCUUCGACAGAAACAAAUUCAACACCAAUGUCUAUCUCUCCUUCGAUUACUUCUAGUCCUAUGACCAUCGUUUCACCUUCUUCAUCAAUUUGUCCACCAUCUUUUCCGUCAGAUUCCAACCAACGCAGGUUUCUCUCAAAAUUUAACCCCAUAUAUUUUUUAAACUCUCGUCUGUCAAACUCACUACCGCCUAUUCCUCCAAUGUUCUUCGAUCCUACAGAUAAUCUUCUCCCAAAUAAUACGAAUAAUAGUAAUAGUAAUAUUACCCAGAGAUCCUCCGCUAAUACCGCAAAUGAAAAUGUCCACAGUUACACAGAUGUACAGAGUGAAGAACAAGAACACGAGCAUCACGGAAAACAAUCCCCCCUUCAGCAUUCUAAUCUUUUAAACUAUCCUAAUUGCUGUCAAACCUAUCCUCUACCUUUUCUUCAUAGAUCACCUGGUUCAUAUUCAUUAUCCUUGAAACCAGGAUCAUUUUCAAUGCCACAGUCCUUCGCAUCGGGCACAACAUAUGUCACUGGUAAUAGUUUGACCCAUGCCGCUGGUGAUCCCAGUAGUAACAACAAUAACAACACUAGUAGUACUACUGUCAGCCACACGAGUAGUAAUACAAGUAUAUCUAACUUACAAAGCAAUCUUCAUCGUCAACAACAGCAACACCACCUUCCCAGUGCCAAUCUCCAUCAACAACAUAAUCAUCAGAUGAGUUACAUUAACAAAUUAUACGAUAAAUUAAGCUCAAGUGAAAAUUUGUUCAGUAUGAAAAUGGAUAAAUCAGUCUUGUUGAAUGACAGUUUCAAUUGUGAAUCGAAUGGAAUAACGCUAUCAGAAUCUUAUCAAAACCAACUAAUCAGCUGUUCACAUGAACUGCGUAUGACAACCACUCUGACACCAGUUCACUUACGUAAGGCAAAACUGAUGUUCUUCUACACACGAUAUCCCAAUUCAACACUUAUUAAAAUGUAUUUUCCCGAUGUGAAAUUCUAUAAAAACAAUACAGCCCAAUUAGUCAAAUGGUUCAGUAAUUUCCGAAUACUUCAAAUGUCCGGAGAAAAACAACUCUUCAGCUAGAUAUGAUUUAUGUCAUCCAGUAUACUCAGCUGGGAUUCAGUCGUCUGCCUUUCUGACCACCUAAACACGUGGAUGUGGAAUUCUAUUAUAUACAAAUGGAGAAAUAUGCUCGUGUCGCCAUAUCCGAAGGAGUUCGUAUGGCAGAUGAAAUACAUGUGACGACUGAAUCAGAAAUAUACAGAGCUUUAAAUUUACACUAUAAUCGUAAUCAGCAAUUAGAAGUACCGGAUCACUUUCGUGUUGUUGUAGAAGCAACAUUACGCGAGUUUUUCAAUGCUCUCUAUACUGGUAAAGACUCUGAACAAUCGUGGAAAAAACCAAUUUAUAAAGUAAUAGCUAGAAUGGAUCAACCAGUACCAGAAUUCUUUAAAAGUCCAAACUGGAUGGAUCAGUUAGCUGAUGGAUAAAAGAAAAUACUUAAUCAGUUCAUCAGUUGAUGAACCCUUUUCUCUCCUGAAGUAGAAUGAGUAAUUGCUCAAAUGUCUACUUGUACAAUGAAUGUGAUAAAACAAACUCAGUCUUAUAAUGAAAAAUGUUAAUAAAUAGCAUUCAUCGUUUGCAAAAUAUGAAAAGUAGAAUGCACAUAUUUUCAUCGGUUGUAAUCAAUUUUUGACACUAAGGUGAAAUUUGAUUAAUAAAGACGUUAUUAUCUCUAUUCAUACUCAUUUCUCAACCUAUCUUUUAAUCUUACAAACUUAUUUAUAGCAAAUUCAAAACAAUUGCUUCUCACUUGAUACUUUCGAUUUAAACAAAACAAUCAAAAUUGAUACCAUAAGGGGAAAAAUAAGUGACAGUAGUACACAAUCAUUUAGACUGAGUACAUCCAUUCGCACAUACACACUUUUAUUUCCAUUCUAAGUUCUUCAUAGCAAUUUCUGUAUCACUAUUGAUUGCAGCUCUCUAACUUUUUUAACUUGAUGAAAAUUAUGACGAAUGUACAGCCAGUAUUAUUUAAAAAUAUGAAGUUGAUUGCGUAAUGAAAAGAUAAUGACUUUCAGUA